GGCAGGGAUGCCGUGCGGGAGGUGGAGGUGCUGAUGGAGAGGAUGAAGCUGCUGCAGGAAAGCCAGCUGGAGGAGGAGGGGGUCACGCAGGAGGAGAUGGCGACGCGCUUCGAGCUGGAGAAGACGGAGAGCUUGCUGGUGGCUCCCUCGGAUCUUGCGGAUCACUCCCUGCAGUCCAACGUCCUCUGCUUCGUGGAGGACCCCGAGUUCGGCUACAAGGACUUCACACGGAGGGGCGAGCAGGCACCCCCCACGUUCCGUGCGCAGGUGGGUGCCCGCGGUCCCACCUACGACGACUACGACUACGGGGAGGUGAACCAGCUCCUGGAGCGCAGCUUGAAGAUCUACAUCAAGACGGUGGCUUGCUACCCGGAGAAGACGACCAAGCGGAUGUACGCGCAGUUCUGGAGGCACUUCAAGCACUCGGAGAAGGUGCACAUCAACCUGCUCUUGCUGGAGGCUCGGAUGCAGGCGUCACAGUCGCUGUCUGGGGCAGGUGACCUCGGCUGGACUGCCAGACCUGAUCUGCCGGCUGAGACCCGCGCUCCCCAGAAGUCGGAGAGCGCGCGUGACCUCGGCUGGACUGCCAGACCUGAUCUGCCGGCUGAGACCCGGGCUCCCCAGAAGUCGGAGAGCGCGCUGCGCGCCGGUGAAAGCGGGGGACGGGGGCUUAAUCAGAUUGCACCUACCCUGCGGUCCGGUUACCCGGCGAAGCAGUCGGGCACGCGGCGGGGAACCGACGUCCGAGGCGCCUUGCGCAAGAGCCGCAUGGCAGCACCGAAAAUUCAGCUGCUGCCUCCACUGCUGCGGGCUUUAUCAGCGCUCAGACGACUGUAA